AUGGCUGACCAAGGGAACCAAGAAACACCAAAAACUGUACGAGGUGUCGAGUUUGUCUCGAAGGAUCUUAUUGAUCCCAAUAGCAACCUACCACAAAAAGUAAUAGUGGAGUUUCCCAAGCAUGGACAAUCGGUGAAGAUACAACGUAUGUUCGACAAUGAGAGUAUGGACGAAGAACAUGGUCGCAUGAGAUUACGGAAGAACGGUAAGAUCGUAUUGUACAACGACUCUGCAUCCUUCACCUCCAUACAGAGGGGGAAGUGGAUUAAGAAAUUGUCAACGGGGGAGCACCACCAGGUCAGGCAUGGCGACUCUAUCAUCUUUGGCUCCACCGAAUACGAAGCAAAGGUGCACGAACCCCCGCUCGAGAAUUCACCCUUUUUCGCUAAUGUUGUUCUCACAAAGGGUUCCAAGCCAGUGCGCGUUGAGAUGCGUGUUAUUCUCGAGGAAUACCCCGCGCCGAUCCCUCUUUCGACAGCAUCCUCUGAGCCCCUCGCCCCCCAGCAGCCCGCCGUGCACCAGCGAGGCCUCCGACGAAAUAAGUCCGACCCAAACCUGGCGAACACCCUUGAACGCGAAAAGGGCAAUCGCAAACGGCUUUCUGCGCAACCGACAUUGGACAAGAACUCGAAUGCCCAGCAAGAGACGCCUAGUCAAUCUCGCUCCAUCUCACCUUUCCCUUCGCGAGUAGUGAAACAAGACGUCGACAAAGCGCCCCAAAUUGCGGUAACGCCUCCCAAACUCGCCAUACCCAAGCAAGACAACAAUAAACCCGAGGCGACACACCGGCUGGUGGGUACAGGAAUACACAGAGAACCUCAUUCACCCUCCCAUGCGCGGGUUGCAAAGCAGGAAAUUGAUAAGUCACUCGCGACGCAGGUUAAAGUAAUUGUAUCGCCUCCUAGACUCGCUGUGCCCAGGCCAGGCCACCGAAACAACAAAUCGACAUCGGACUUACCAGGCACAUCCAAGGACAAAAGGCACGACGGUCAGCGCCCUAUAGAACCUUUGUCUCACCUUUUGGAUGACCAACCAGAAACACGAUCUCGUUCAACAUCGCCUGCGCAGGUGGUCAAGCCGGGUAUUGAUCAAUCGUCCACGGUGCCGAUCUCGGUUGCGGUAGCGCCUUCUGAACUCUCUCCACAAGUCCGUCGAAACAACAAAUCGACUUCUGACUUACCGGAUGAUAAAGCUAGAAGGGUCCAAGGCGUUGACGAUCGCCCUCCUUCUGGACAUCCGAAUUCACGAUCUCAGAAGCACCCACCUUCAAGUUCCCGCUCGCCCACGCCUGCAGCGAAGGGGGAUGUUGGACAACGCAAGCGGACACAAUUGAAUCGAGAAUUAACCAUACCAGCGAGACCUGGUUUAGAGCUCGGCGAUGGUGUGGAUGUAUUAACUGGCGACCGGAUGAUAGGCAAGAGCAUCAACCAAUAUUAUCACGACAACCUGUAUACCUUGCGUAGUGAAUACGGCGCUAAUGUCGGCGCUAAGAUCAAUCUCCCCUGCCCAGUGGACAUUGGGGCAGACAUCAGGACCUUAUUUUUGAAGGAAUCUCACAAGGGGGCCUCUAUAUUCUUCGUUCAAUAUCAAGCUGAAGGAACAUUCCCCAUGGAACGACUCAAGAAUCCCACUAUAAAGGCGAAGCUCCGAAACAAGUCCCCCGAGUCAUUUCGAAAUAUGCAUGGUGACUAUUUUGUCGAUGGUAUCAUUAGCGGGUAUAGGCAUAGAAUCAUUGUGGCAUGCUCAGCCAAAGACGUAGACAACAAGAAGGAAACGGAGCAUGAGGCCAAACUUUCUGUUGCUGAUUUCUUCCAGUUGGGAGGAAAGUCCAUUAAGAAGGCACAGACAUCGGAGAAUUAUAGCAUCCUCGACGCCAGAAUGGAACUAUACGGCUAUCCAGUCACUGCAACCAGCUUGACAGCAGGUUCCUUAGACGAGGCGCGCAACAUCCUGAAAGCUUUACGUCCACCGACCGGCUCCCCAAUCUCGGUUGUUCUGCGGCACUAUAGUCUCCUUGAUUAUCCCCAACUCCCAAUGGAAGUGAACAUCGAUCCUUCCGUUUUCAAACACCUUCAGGAGAUGCGCGAGAUCCAUGCUCGAUUGCAAACUCUGCUUGUACAUCCAGCAUUGAGUAAAACAUUGGAAGAGGAUCAGGUUGCUCGCGCCGCUAGACGAUUCGAGGAGCAGCGACCGACGCUUGCCAGGGAUUCACCUGAAGUUCUCGAGCAACAGGCGACGAUUCUGGAUGAACUAGAAGAUGCCGAGAUGGAAGCCAACAAUCGCGUACGAAGAUGGUCACUUAUUGGAAAGACGAGGGAAAUGAGUAGGGACAUUAGGAUCUCUGGUUCUGAUAACCAAAGCUACAUAUGGGAGUGCGGUCUUCUAGGGGUACCUGUUAUCGGCGAAUUUGGGAACUUGAAGCGGGUGGAAUUGAAGAGUGGCGAGGUCGUUUGGGAGAUCGAGUGGACCACGCCAAAGAUCUCGGGACGCAGACAUUGGUCUCUCAGAAGCUCAGCACUGUUCAAGCAUUUAAGAUUAUCGUCAGAAAGUGGCGGAGGGCGGCGCGGUUUCGUAGCGAAGACAGACACCCCGACUUUCGACCAGUGCAUUGUUGGAACAGAGUUCAUUGUUCUAGGAUGGUCGCUGACAUGUAACUGCACAAGCAAGACACCUCCGCAAGUUACAGCUAAACUACCAGAUCAGUGUAUCCUCAAGGACGAGUUCGAGGUGUGUAUCGAUGCUAGUAUAUCUGCGGAGUGGCGCUGCAGAGUAACAUUCAUCCGGGGCCCGGAGUAG